AUGGCGGAGCGGCCCAAGCUCACUGGUUCCGGCACUUUGCCCAUCAUUCAACCGCUGCACCCUGAGCCCCCCACGGCCUUCUCUCCAGCCCCCACGGCCAUGGCCUUCACCCCAGCGCCACUAGAGGAUACAUCUUCACGCCCGCAAUUCUGCAAGUGGCCAUGUGAGUGCCCGCCGUCCCCACCCCGCUGCCCGCUGGGGGUCAGCCUCAUCACAGAUGGCUGUGAAUGCUGUAAAAUGUGUGCUCAGCAGCUCGGGGACAACUGCACAGAGGCAGCCAUCUGUGACCCCCACCGGGGCCUCUACUGUGAUUACAGUGGGGACAGCCCGAGGUACGCAAUAGGAGUGUGUGCACAGGUGGUCGGCGUGGGCUGCGUCCUGGACGGGGUGCGCUACACCAACGGCCAGUCCUUCCAGCCCAAUUGCAAGUACAACUGCACGUGCGUGGACGGCGCGGUGGGCUGCACACCCCUGUGCUUGCGCGCGCGCCCCCCGCGCCUCUGGUGCCAUCGCCCCCGGCGGGUCAGCGUCCCCGGCCGCUGCUGCCAGCAGUGGGUGUGCGACCACGACACCAGGAGGCCACGCAAGACAGCGCAGCGCCACAUCGGCCCCCUAGCGGCCACAGGUGAGAUGGAGCCGUGGCACGGGAACUGCCUGGCCUACACAAGCCCCUGGAGUCCCUGCUCCACCACCUGCGGCCUGGGGGUCUCCACGCGCAUCUCCAACGCCAACAGCCACUGCUGGCCCAAGCAAGAGAGCCGCCUCUGCAACCUGCGGCCCUGUGACGUGGACGUGCGUCCACACAUCAAGGAAGGGAAGAAGUGUUUGGCUGUGUACCAGCCAGAGGCACCCAUGAACUUCACCCUCGCCGGCUGCAACAGCACACGCUCCUACCGGCCGAAGUACUGUGGGGUCUGCAUGGACAGCAGGUGCUGCAUCCCCUACAAGUCCAAGACCAUCGAUGUCUCCUUCCAAUGUCCCGACGGGCCUGGCUUCUCCCGCCAGGUCCUAUGGAUUAAUGCCUGUUUCUGCAACCUGAGUUGUAGGAAUCCCAACGAUAUCUUUGCUGACUUAGAAUCCUACCCUGACUUCUCAGAAAUCGUCAAUUAG